GCAUUGUAUUCCUCGCGCCACCGCCACAAGACUCCAAGACGAGGAGAGGAUGAGGUGCCGGCCGGCCCGCUCCCAGAAUCUCCCUCCCCUGCACCCCUAGGUGUUCCCCUCCCCCCCUUUGUCGUCUCCCUCUCCUCCGCCAUCGAAGUCCAACCACUCCCUAGUCAGCAGCCGCAGCCAUGGGGGCGGAAGAGGCGGAGCAGCCCAACGGCCUCGUGGUGGUGCCGGAGCCGCGCCCGCGCAAGGGCCUGGCCUCCUGGGCGCUCGACUUGCUCGAGUCCGUCGCCGUGCGACUCGGCCACGACAAGGCCAAGCCGCUCCACUGGCUAUCAGGCAACUUUGCCCCCGUCGUCGACGAGACUCCGCCGGCCCCUGACCUCCCCGUCCGCGGACACCUCCCGGAGUGCUUGAAUGGAGAGUUUGUCAGGGUCGGGCCUAAUCCCAAGUUUGUCCCAGUCGCAGGGUAUCACUGGUUUGAUGGAGAUGGAAUGAUUCAUGCCAUGCGUAUUAAAGAUGGAAAAGCUACCUAUGUAUCAAGAUAUGUGAAGACUGCUCGCCUCAAGCAAGAAGAGUAUUUUGGCGGAGCGAAGUUUAUGAAGAUUGGAGAUCUAAAGGGAUUCUUUGGAUUGUUCAUGGUCCAAAUGCAACAACUUCGUAAAAAAUUCAGAGUCUUGGAUUUUACCUAUGGAUUUGGGACAGCUAAUACUGCACUUAUAUAUCAUCAUGGUAAACUCAUGGCCUUGUCAGAAGCAGAUAGGCCCUAUGUAGUUAAGGUCCUUGAAGAUGGAGACUUGCAGACUCUUGGUUUGUUGGAUUAUGACAAAAGGCUGAAACAUUCUUUCACCGCCCAUCCAAAAGUUGAUCCAUUUACAGAUGAAAUGUUCACCUUUGGAUACUCACAUGAGCCUCCUUACUGUACAUACCGUGUAAUUACCAAAGACGGGGCUAUGCUUGAUCCUGUGCCAAUAACAAUACCAGAAUCUGUAAUGAUGCAUGACUUUGCCAUCACAGAGAAUUUUUCUAUUUUCAUGGAUCUCCCUUUGUUGUUCCGACCAAAGGAAAUGGUGAAGAACGGUGAGUUUAUUUACAAGUUUGAUCCUACAAAGAAAGCUCGUUUUGGUAUUCUCCCACGCUAUGCCAAGGAUGACAAACUCAUAAGAUGGUUUGAACUCCCCAAUUGCUUCAUAUUCCACAAUGCUAAUGCUUGGGAAGAGGGUGAUGAAGUUGUUCUCAUUACCUGCCGCCUUGAGAAUCCUGAUUUGGACAAGGUGAACGGGCAUCAAAGUGACAAGCUCGAGAACUUUGGGAAUGAGCUGUAUGAGAUGAGAUUCAACAUGAAAACUGGAGCUGCUUCACAGAAGCAACUGUCAGUUUCUGCUGUAGAUUUUCCUCGUGUUAAUGAGAGCUAUACUGGCAGGAAGCAGCGUUAUGUCUACUGCACUAUACUGGACAGCAUCGCGAAGGUGACUGGCAUCAUAAAAUUUGAUCUGCAUGCUGAACCGGAGAGUGGUAAGAAGGAACUUGAAGCAGGAGGAAAUAUACAGGGAAUAUAUGACCUGGGACCCGGUAGAUUCGGUUCAGAGGCAAUUUUUGUUCCCAAGCAGCCAGGUGUGUCUGGAGAAGAAGACGAUGGCUACUUGAUAUUCUUUGUGCACGAUGAAAAUACAGGGAAAUCUGAAGUAAAUGUUAUAGACGCGAAGACAAUGUCUGCUGAUCCAGUUGCAGUGGUUGAGCUUCCUAACAGGGUUCCUUAUGGAUUCCAUGCCUUCUUCGUAACCGAGGAACAACUGGCGCAACAAGCAGAGGGGCGGUAACAUAUUACUGUAGCACCUGCAGAUUCUGCACACGCCGGGUGCUUGACAUGUUGGUGACACACGACUUUAUCAAGUCCUGUUAUACUAUAUGAUAGCAGCUCGUAAUAGUAAUAAUAGUAAUAGCAUGAUAUAUACAAAACUAAUAUAUCGGUAUUGUUGCAAGAUUAUUACAAUGCAAGGUUGUGUACAUAUAUAGUAUAUAUGCUA